UUGGGAAUAUGGGGAACAGUAAGAGCGGUGCUUUGUCCAAAGAGAUUCUGAAUGAUCUGAAGUUGAACACCAAAUACACGGAGGAAGAGCUCUGCGCGUGGUACGCCAGCUUCCUCAAAGAGUGUCCCACUGGACGCAUCUCCAAAGAACAGUUUGAGGGCAUCUACGCCAGUUUCUUCCCAGAUGCAGAUCCUUCCGCCUACGCUAGGCAUGUCUUCCGCAGCUUUGACACCAACGCAGACGGAACCUUGGACUUUAAGGAGUACAUUGUGGCGCUGCACCUUACCUCGUCAGGCAAGACCACGCGCAAACUUGAAUGGGCGUUUGCUCUGUAUGAUGUAGAUGGCAACGGGACCAUCAGUAAAAACGAGGUGCAGGAGAUUGUACGGUCGAUAUUCAACAUGAUUCCGGAUGAAGACCAAAAAAACCUUCCAGAAGAUGAGGACACACCAGAAAAGCGAGCAGACAAAAUUUGGACCUUUUUCGGAAAGAACGAUGAUGAUAAGAUCGAAGAGGGGGAGUUCAUUCAGGGUGUCAUGGAAAACAAAGACAUCUUGAGGUUGAUACAGUUCGACGAGCCAAAGAAGAUUCAGGAAAAACUCAAGGAAAAGAAGCAUUAAUGACCACAUUCCCAUGAGACUGAUCGGAACUUCGUUUCUAUUCAUUUGAAACCAAACCUACAUGAACCAGACUGCUUCUCCAGGUCACAUACUGGACGCAUACAGAUACGCUAUCCAUAAACACGUCAGAGUUAUGAACCUGACAAACCUAGCUUUUCUUAUAAUACACACAAGACUUCUGUCCUGGACCACCACCACAUCUACCUGAAGCCUCUGAAGUCAUUGCUAUUUCCAUUGUUUUUAGAGUCCAAUCAAUAAGAGCAAUUAGGCUCAUGUUAACAGUCCUAUCUAGCGUAUGCAAUCCUCUUAGCAUCUGAAGGUCAGGUAAGACAAAUCCGCAGGGUCCAGUGGCUCUCCUCUUUUAGAUCCCUUCAGGGUUAAGGUGGUUUAAGCGCUCAACAUGCAUUCAUCAGAAUCUGUUUAGCAGCC